UCCAUACAAUUCAACGCCAUCUAAGCCUUCAACGAAGCCACGUCAUUCUACGCCCCUCAAAACCCCUUUGACGAGAUUCACGGGAUCUGCACAGACGAAUUCGCCCUCACCAUUGAGCAGCAGCUCUGCAACGCCUAGGAAGAAGAGAUUUGUAAGGAAGCAGCCUUUAAAAGAUCGUAUACUGCAAUGGCCAUCCAACUUUAUAUUCAAACUCUGGGUAGAUUGGGAUCUAGCACACUUGAUAGAUUCCCCUAGAGUAGCCAAAUCUAUCGGUUUCCUGCUCCAUCUCUUAUCUUUCCUAGUGAAAUAUGCCGGUCUAUCUACUAGUCAAUCUAAUAGGCAAUCUAUAUUAAAAAAGAGCAGCGCGUCUGCAACAGCACGUGCAUCUGCUAUUAGAGCAGCCUCUAAGAGAUCUCUUCCAUGGGUAUAGCUGGUAUCAUUCGCGAUUGAUAAACUCACAUUUGCCGUAGGCGCCGAUUCUUGCUUUUACGUUAUUCGUUAUUACGGCGAUCAACACUUACACACUCUUUACAAAAUUUAGAAGCUACAGGAUGUUCAUGAGAAGGGAUCCGAUUUCAUCUCCGAACGCACGUAAAAUACAACUUGAUCUUGAUCUUGAUCAAAGUCGCGAAGGAACUCCUGAAUUUGAGCGCAAAGCUGGCUUAAGUGACUACAUCGUGAUGACUACAGGAUUUCUAUGGAAGUAUUUCAUUCUUCUCAUUUGGAGACCGUUUUUGAUGUUGAUCGGCGUAUCACUCUCGAAAUCUGAGAACAGCGGGAGAAUGCUCCGUGAAGGACAAGCAGAAGUAUACCAAAUAGAUAUGUGGGAUAUAAACGAAGGUUCAUUAGCCUUGUUCGAAGUGUACUCCCCAGCACACGCACUCUGCUGGAUAUUCUUGAAUGCAUCAAAUUGGAUGUACUUGAUUAUCCUAAUGAUAGCUCUCUGGAGUCAGAUACACGUUAUGGUAGAAAAGUACACGAUGCUUCUAAAGGAUAAGUUAAUAGUACAAGGUGAAGUUAUGCAUGAGUACAAUGAAACUUUCGUACAUCCACGCGUAUUUAAAGCUACAAAAGAUGUUAGCACCCAAACAGAGUAAAUUAAUUGUAAUUUAAUAAUUUUAUAUCCUAAUAAAAAACGCGACUUGACGCGGUUCGCCACAAGUUCGUCACUAUCAAAACGACGACCAUGCCAGAAUUAACGAAAGAUGCGAUAGAAGCGAUAAAUUCCGAAAAUCCUGCCGGUUUACUUGCGGGACAAAAUCCAGUUGUACAAGUUUUGCAAGUUAAGAAGGCGACUGCAAGUUCAGAUAAAGCACCAGAUAGAUACAGAAUGGUUUUAUCUGAUGGAAAGUACUACAUGCAAGCUAUGCUUGGUACACAACUCAAUUCAUACCCUGAGCAAGAGUUACUUAUAAAGAACAGCGUUAUCAAACUUUUGAAUUAUGCUGUGAACGUUGUACAGAACAGAUUGCUCGUUAUCGCACUACAAAUUGAUAUCGUAGAGACAGGCCCUCUGGAGAAGAUCGGAUCACCACAGAAUUUCGAUCAGACAAAGUCACAACAGCCACAACAACAAACAGAGCAACAACCACAACAGCAAGACAUUAAACCAGAUGUUAAACCAGACAUUAAACCAAACUUCAGCAAAGGUCCUUCUUCGCAAGCACCUGUUUACCCUAUAGAAGGCCUUUCUCCAUACCAAAAUAAGUGGACUAUAAAGGCUAGAGUUACCCAGAAAUCUGACAUUAAGUUUUGGUCAAAUCAACGUGGUGAAGGAAAGUUGUUCUCCGUCAAUUUGAUGGACGAAACUGGCGAAAUACGCGCCACAGGUUUCAAUGAAUCAGUUGAUGAAUUUUAUAACAUGUUAGAAGAAGGAAAAGUAUUCUUCAUCACGAAAGCUAGAGUUCAAAUCGCGAAGAAGCAAUUCAGUAACUUACAAAAUGAAUAUGAAAUAGCUUUCGAUAAAACUACUCACAUUGAACCUUGUUAUGACACUUCUGACGUACCUGAUGUCAAGUAUAGUUUUACAGAAUUACAAAACUUGGAGAACCUCGAGCCUAACGCAAUUACUGAUGUUUUAGGUGUAGUUACUACCGCUGAAGAGCCUUCACAAAUUAUUUCAAAGUCAACUCAAAAACCAUACACAAAGAGGGAAUUAAAUAUCGUUGAUAGAUCCCAGCAAUCUGUUAGACUCACUUUGUGGGGUAAAUUAGCUGAAAACUUUGAUCAAGUUAAUGAACCUGUUAUUGCAUUCAAGGGUGUUAAAGUAAGCGAUUUUGGUGGUAGAUCAUUAUCAAUGGUUGGUGCAUCAACUUUAUUCGUUAACCCAGAUAUACCAGAAGCACAUAGCUUGAGAGGAUGGUACGAUCAACAAGGUAAGAAUGAACAAUUCAGUACUUUCAACAAUUCAAGCAGCACUGUCAAGCCUGAACCUGGUACAGUUAAACCAAAUGAAAUUAAAACACUUGAGCAAGUGAAACAAUCACAAUUGGGACUCAAUGAUUCUGGUAAACCUGAUUACUGGACAGGCAAAGCGACUGUCACAUAUAUCAAAAAGGAAAAUAUCACUUACCCAAGUUGUCCAAAUGAUAUGAAGAAAUUAACUCAGGAUAUGAAUGAUAAAUGGAGAUGCGAAAAGUGUGAAUCAUCAUUUGAUGCGCCUGAAUACAGAUACAUUAUUACAUGUAACGCUACAGAUCACACUGGUCAAAUCUGGUUGUCUGGUUUCAAUGACUUUGGAUUAGAGCUUUUCAAAAUGCCUGCAAAUGACUUACAAGCUAUGGUGAACAAUGGUGAUGAUGCUUCUUUCGAAGCAGCUGUAAAGAAUGCUUUGGGUUCAUCAUUUAAUUUCAACUGCCGUGCAAAGCAAGAUACCUUUAAUGAUAAUGUUAGAGUAAGACAUCAAAUCAACAGAGCUAGUACUGUUAAUUACAAGAGUGAAAUUAACAGGUUAUGUGAAACAAUUUCAAAGUUAGAAACCUCAUAAAACGAUUAAGAGCAAGUUUGAAGUAAAUUUAUUUUUAAGAACAUUCUGAGCAGCAUAUUUCAUAAAUCUUUAUUUUUGUUACUAAUUCAACGGUAAUGUCAAGUUUAUUCUUAU